AUGACAGCGUCGCCCUCUGACCGCAACGACAACAACAACAACCAAGACUAUGAACUUGAUGCUGCGUUUUCGCUAAAGCACGAUGAACAGCUGACGGACGAUGAAGUCUUGUCGCUGCUUUCAGACGACAACGAUGGCCAGCAAACGCUUUUACCGACGACUCAUCAUACCAAUCAUUCGAGUGCAUCGGUGUUUUCAUUUGAAUCAAUUCCAAUGAUCCCACUGACAGAGACUCAGGUACGGGGGCCUGAGCUUCAGAAAAAAGUGUCAUUUCUCAAUGGUCUUGGUUUGGUUGUUGGUGCCAUGAUCGGUAGUGGACUUUUUAGCUCUCCAGGACCUGUGUUAGAAGCGAUGGAAGCACCAGGAACGGCAUUGGUGAUAUGGCUUGUUGCCGGUCUGCUCGCACUUUGCGGUGCACUAUGUUAUGCAGAACUCGGUACAAUGCUCCCGAUGAAUGGUGGUGAAUCAGUGUAUCUACAUCGUGCAUUUGGUAGCCUUGUAUCAUUUACGUUUGAGUUUGUAAGCAUAGUUGUGCAAAAGCCUGGUGGUCUAGCUAUUGUUUGUACAGUUUUUGGCGAAUAUGUUUCUCGAAUAGCAUUUCAUACCUACUUUUUUCGUGUGCCUCACGAUUCGCAAGAAGCUGUUGAGCUCGCAGACUCAGUCAUUCCUGGAUACCUUCCAAAGCUUCUAGCUGUCAUCAGCUUAUGGCUUGUUAAUCUCAUUAAUGCCUUUUCCACGCGAGCCGGCAUCCGUGUCCAAGACUUUCUGACCAUCCUCAAAGUGUUAGCUGCGGUUGUCAUUUCUGUUACCGGUGUUGUCAUGCUUGCCAAAGGGACAGUGGUUGGUAACAGUUUCCAGGGUGAUCCAUUUGCUGGGUUCGAUAAGCUUUCUUUUGGCCAGUAUGCACUAGCUCUUUACUCUGGAUUAUGGGCAUAUGAUGGAUGGAACAACCUGAAUUACGUCUCAGGGGAGAUGAAGCAGCCCCACCGGGACUUGCCACGAGUGAUCAUUAUUGGCAUCCCUGUUGUCAUCGUGUGCUAUUUUUUCGCCAACAUAGCGUAUUUGGCGGUUCUGCGUCCAGAGGUCGUCAUGCAUACAAACACAGUGGCUAUGGAUUUUGGCAAAAAAGUUUUUGGUCCAGUUGGUGGUAUUUUGCUUGCAGUGUGUGUUGCUUUGAGCUGUUUUGGUACUGCCAACGCCGGUGUAUUCACUGGUGCUCGUAUCAUCUAUGUCUCUGCAAAGCAAGGUCAUAUACCCGGCGUGUUUGGAAAGCUCAGUACAAGCAGACAAACGCCUCUCACUGCCAUCGUGCUUCAAGGCCUGCUAACAACCAUAAUGAUUAUUAUUGGCUCAUUCCGCGCGUUGGUCAAUUUUUACUCAACAUGUGCAUGGAUCUUCUAUUUCCUUGCUGUCUUCUCAUUACUUGUUUUUCGAUACACGGAACCUGAGUUGAAACGACCUUAUCGAGUGUGGUUAACGACACCGAUUUUGUUUUGCAUUGUGGCACUUUUCCUAUGUGUUAUGCCAUUUAUGGAAGCACCUUGGGAGAGUUUUACGUCGCUCGCAUUUGUUCUGCUUGCGGUUCCCAUUUGGUUAGUUCAAGUCAAGUACCGCGAGGCAUUGGGUAAACUGUGGAAUGGUAAGGAUGUUUCCCUUGUUUUCCUAUCUGUAAUUCACGGAUCAAGCUCUAACGUUAGCUUUUUUCCGACUGGCUUAGCGACGAUGGAUAAACUGAGAGGACGGCAACGUCGUGGCUAUCAGGGGAUGAGCAUGACAGAGACAGAUUAG